UCUCUCUCACGAAAAUAGAUGUGAUGUGAGGCUUCCCUAAAAUCUUGGAAUAUUAUUUCACACCAAUCAACUCCAUUCAAUAGCAUGACAACAAAUCUUUUCAAGAGUCAAAAACUUUUGCAGUUAAAUUUGAUUGUCAAUCAAUUAUUUUCAAAAGAAGUCUCUCUCUCUCUCUCUCUCUCUCUUUCUUCUUCUCCUCCUUGAUUUGGAUCUCUAAAUCUUCAAUCCCCCAUGUUCAGAUUUACAAUUCACACUCUUUAAUCACACCCUGUGACCAAUCUUAUUAUUAAAUAAAAGAUUAUAUUCGUGUUUAAGCUUCUUUAAUUAAAUCCUUCCAAGAAACCUGAAGACUCCAAGGAGCUGUCAUAAAAACUAAAGAGACAAGAAGAAGAAGAAUAAAGGUGUUCAAAGAUGUCUCGUCUUGACGACAUACCAUCAAGCCCAGGCAAGUUCAAGAUUGACAAAUCUUCAUACUUCAACCGUCUCAGGUUUCAAUCAUCUCCCAUCAAGUUCGCAUUCAUCUCCUUCUUCCUCCUCUGUCUCAUCUCCCUACUCUUCCUCCGAUCUCCACCGUCCGUUAACUCCUCCCAAUCCGACCCAUCUCGCCGCUCCCUCCGAACCUUCACCUAUGGAGGACCCGCUUGGGAGAAACGCAUCCGAGCCUCUGCUCGAACCCGAACCUCAAGCAACGGAAUGACCGUCUUAGUCACCGGAGCAGCCGGUUUCGUCGGUACACACGUCUCCUCCGCUUUAAAACGCCGCGGAGACGGCGUCAUCGGCCUAGACAACUUCAACGACUACUACGACCCUUCUCUGAAACGUGCGAGACAAGCUUUACUAGAGAGAAGCGGCGUCUUCAUCGUGGAGGGAGACAUAAACGACGUUGAACUCCUCCGUAAGCUCUUCAAGAUCGUCACCUUCACUCACGUCAUGCAUCUAGCCGCUCAAGCAGGAGUUAGGUACGCAAUGGAGAACCCUAGCUCGUAUGUUCACAGCAACAUCGCUGGACUAGUCAACCUCCUUGAGGUCUGCAAAGCGGCUAACCCGCAACCAGCCAUCGUCUGGGCUUCCUCUAGCUCCGUCUAUGGACUCAACACGAAGGUACCCUUCUCCGAGAAAGACAGAACAGACCAACCGGCUAGCUUAUACGCCGCCACGAAGAAAGCUGGUGAAGAGAUAGCUCAUACUUACAACCACAUCUACGGGCUAUCCCUUACAGGACUAAGGUUCUUCACCGUGUACGGACCAUGGGGAAGACCAGACAUGGCGUACUUCUUCUUCACUAAAGACAUUCUCAAAGGGAAGUCCAUAUCGAUCUUCGAGUCGGCUAACCACGGCACGGUGGCGAGAGACUUCACUUACAUAGACGACAUCGUGAAAGGAUGUUUAGGAGCGCUUGAUACGGCGGAGAAGAGUACAGGAACCGGAGGGAAGAAGAGAGGUCCGGCGCAGCUGAGAGUGUUUAACCUCGGGAACACGUCGCCGGUGCCGGUUUCCGAUCUGGUGAGUAUACUGGAGAGGCAGCUGAAAGUUAAGGCAAAGAGGAACGUGAUCAAGAUGCCGCGAAACGGCGACGUUCCGUUCACUCAUGCUAAUAUCAGCUUAGCUCAGCGUGAGCUUGGGUAUAAACCGACCACGGAUUUGCAGACGGGAUUGAAGAAGUUCGUGAGGUGGUACCUUAGUUAUUACUCCGGUGGUAAGAAAGCCGCCGCGAGAUGAUUUUUCGUGUUUUGUUUUGAGUAAUUAUAUUUAAUUUAUUUAUGUUACUUGUCUGGUACGUAACUGUUGUAUUAAAAUUUGAUUCAUCUUCAUAUAAAACAAUGUUACUUCUUCAGCA